AUGGCUGCUGAAGAGCAGAAGAGAGCAGAGGUCAGGCUGGUGGUCCUAGGAGCGGCCGGAGUGGGGAAGACGGCUCUGAUCCAACGUUUCCUCAAGGACACGUUUGAGGCCAAACACCGGCGGACGGUGGAGGAGCUUCACAGGCAGGAGUGCGAGGUGGGCGGCGUAACAGUCACCAUCAACAUCAUGGACACCAGUGGCAGCUACUCCUUCCCCGCCAUGAGGAAGCUCUCCAUCCAGAACAGCGAUGCCUUCGCUCUGGUCUACGCCAUCAACGACCCACAGUCCUUGGAGGCGGUGAAGAGUCUGCGCCGGGAGAUCCUGGAGGUGAAGGAGGACAAGUUCACACCCAUCGUGGUCAUCGGGAACAAGAUCGACUGCCACAGCGAGCGACAGGUGUCCAGCCAAGACGUGCUGUCGACGGUGGAACGGGACUGGAACCACAGCUUCGUCGAGUCGUCAGCCAAAGACGACAUCAACGUGCUGGAAGCCUUCAGCGAGCUUCUCCAGCAGGCCAAUCUGCCCGGUCGCCUCAGCCUGGCUCUCGUCCGCCGGCCAGAGAAACACAAGCACCGGCGCAUCGGCACAGCCAAGAGCUGCGCAGUCUCCUGA